GAAUGAUGCAGCACAAGCUGCCAUACAUGCUCCUUGCGCAAUAUUGCAUAGAAUUGCUGCCGCUGGGGCACCGAGUCCACCUGUUACAGUUCCUUCACAAGCGUAUAAAAAGUAUUACUUUC